AUGGAGGCGCUCCUAUUUGUAGCUUUAAUCAGCUUUGGGUGCAGUGCUGAAGCGAGGCUAUAUCGAGAAUUCAAAGAGGCACAUUUAUUUGCGCAAGGCGCCUCUCAUCCUCCCCGGCGGAUCCCGAUCUCUCCUUUCCGAAGUAGAUCGCGAGUAUUCAGAAAUGUUCAUGUGCAAGUGAAUGAUGAGCCUCGCCUGUAUCGCGCUUCUGGGAGAUUCCAGAAAAAAGUAGCUGCGGCCGCUCCGAUUCACGAUGUCGCAGCAGUGAUCGUAUCGAAGGAUUCUCCACCUCUGAAUUCAACAAAUGCAUUUAGUUAUGAUGAAGGAAAUCACCAUUCAAAUAAAAUGACAGAAGAUAACUCAAUUAUGGAAGAAGCAGCAGAGUAUGCAAAAGGUCUUGAGCGAACUACAGUAGCGGUACGAGAUGAUAAAGAUGAAGUUCAUCCUACGAUGCCGCCUUCAGCCAAUCCCCAGAAUAUUCCAGCCAUCAUCAAGCCUCGUGUGCUGGUCUCAGAAGAGAAGAAGCCGCGAUUCAUACAACCGCCCCCAGCAAUCCCGCAGCAAGUUCCUCCUGGUGUGAUAACAGCUCAUGUUCCUCCUCAAAUUCCACCAAGUAUUCCGCAAUUUGGAAUACCAACAAUACCGACGGCACUGAGCCCAACCCCGCUCUUGGGAGGGGUCGCACAGAUCAAUCCCGCACAGACCCGGCAAUUUUCACAAGUUCAAGAAGCUGCUACGGCGCAUGGACAGCAUUUGGGCGUGGGACCGUCACCUACGCAAACGCCAUCUUUGGAUCCUGCAGCCGUACAUGGGCAAAUAGCCCCAUCUUCAGUGGGUUAUCAGGCGUGUUAUAAUUACUUACUUCCUAGGAAUUAA